GUGCCCAAUCCAUUGGCAUCAGUCGUCGUACAAUCGUCGUUCCCAGCUAUCGUCCUCAAGACCUUCUUCAGGGUAUCACAUCAGGGAAAAACCAUGAAGCUGUUCGUGUUGUGCUCGCUGUUGGCCUUGGCGGCCGCUCAGCCCGCGAAGAACGACCUCUGGAAGGGUAGCAGCAUGGACCAGAUGGUGGAUCAGACAAAGAUCGAGUGCGCGCAGAAGAACGACGAGGUCGCCUGCAUGAAAUUCAAGGUUCUGAACCUUCUCGACCAGGUCUUCCGCAAAGACAGCUUCAAGGUCUCUGAAACCGUGGAGGUAACUCGCAACUCGUAUCCCGCCGAAGAAGUGUCCGCUCGCAGCGAGGGUUCCUUCCUGGACAACGUGCAGACCUAUCUGACCUCUCACGACGUGACCUUCAAGUUGCCGAUGGACUCGUCGGUGAAGGUGAGCGCCAGGAACAUCGACGACGAUCAACUCACCUUUGACGUCAAGUUCGGCCAGGGUCGUGCCGUCGAAGAGGCUCGCAAGUCCAAGCUGAAGAAGGUCGUCAUCCCCAUUCUAGUGUUCGUCCUGCUCAAGGCAAUGACUCUCAUACCUUUGGCCAUCGGUGUCCUCGGUCUCAAAGCUUGGAACGCUCUUCAACUUUCGUUCUUCAGUUUCAUCGUCGCCGUCGGCAUGGCUAUCUUCCAGCUCUGUAAGAAAAUCGCAGCGGACAGCCACGGAGCAGCGUUGGCCUCUCACGGACCGUGGGAGUACCAGGCUCAAUACAGAUCCUUCCAGGACGACGAACAGCCGUCCGCGUUGUUCGCUCAAGAUCUCGCAUAUUCCGGACACGCGCAAUCGUAAAGCACUCGUCCGCGCAUCUCGUUUACUGCCGCGACUUUUGUAAAAUACCUGUCUUCCAUCUCUCCUCCUGUACUCUUUAUUUAAUAAAUUAUUAUUGCAAUUUA